CUUCCGGUGUGUUUCUAGCACUUUCCUGCGCGUGACCUCCACUUUCAGAGUGCGUGUGGGAUUAAAAAAAAGUUAUUUCUCGCCUGUAAGGAAUUUUUUUAUAUAUAAACUUUAAUCAUGGUUCACGAAAGAGAAAUGAUCAUACACGGAGAUCCUGAGGAUGACGCUCCAGCAGAGGAAGAGGAGCCAGAGGAAGAGGAGGAGGAAGAGGAACUGGUGGACCCGUUAGAGACGGUGAGACAGACGUGUGAGGGGACGGAGCACUGUGUACACACACGGCACAAGCUGGAGGCGUGCGAAGCCCGGGUGAGCUCACGGCCAAACACGGCGGAAGACUGCACCGAGGAGCUGUUUGACUUCCUGCAUGCACAAGACCACUGUGUCACACAGAAGCUCUUCAGUUUAUUAAAAUGAGCUGCACUACCCCCUACCUCACGGUUUAAUACACUUAUUCAAGAAGCAUCUUUGUGACCAGAAUACCUUAUUGUACAUGUCAGUAUGAUUUUUUUUUAAAAAUUUUAAAAUAGAUGUUUAAUUGUUUUAGUUAAAUUACCAUUCUACAUUUACAAUUUAUUCCAUUAGUCCAUUUUAAUGGCGAAGUUCUCAUUACUUUUUGGGCCAUUGUUUAGCCAAAAACACACCUAAAAAAAACUUGUAAAAUAAAAAGCAGAAUAUUAACACCAUA